AUGAAAUCCCUAAAGCCUGAUCUGUACCUCAUCGCAAACGAAGAUGCCAUCUACGAACAGGACAUCCUCCGAAAUCCCGGAAGCGUUCGACCAUGGCUGACCUACAUCGACUUCAAAAUGCGCAAUGCCACCAUCCACGAGCAGGCAUUCGUACAAGAGAGGGCUUGCAUACAAUUACCGCGAUCAUAUAAGCUGUGGAAAAUGUAUCUGGAAUUCCGCAUCAAGCAUCUGAAAAAGAAAAACCCGGUCAAAUACAGGGCAGAGUUCAACAAAGUCAACGCUCUAUUUGAGAGGGCCCUCAUCUUGUUGAACAAGAUGCCCGUCAUUUGGGAGAUGUAUCUGACCUUCCUCCUGCGACAACCGUAUGUCACCAAAACUCGAAGGACCUUUGACCGGGCGCUCCGGGCUUUACCUGUUACACAACAUAACAGGAUUUGGAAACUCUACAAAUCCUUUGCGAAUUCAGCCGGGGGAGAGACCGCAGUCAAGAUAUGGGCUCGCUAUGUCCAAGUGCAUCCAGAAGACAUGGAAGACUACAUCGAUCUACUGAUCGAGACCGGCCACUACCUGGAAGCAGUGAAAAGAUACAUGCAGAUAUUGAACAACCCCAAGUUCAUGUCAAAGCACAUCAAAAGCGAAUUUCAGCUGUGGAAUGAGAUGGCAGAGCUCAUGGUCACCAAGGCUCGAGAAAUCGGUGAUAGCUCGGUUUCUGGUUUCGAUCCUGAUACCAUUAUCCGAAGCGGCAUAGAACGAUUUGCCGACCAACGCGGCAAACUGUGGGCAGGACUGGCAACCUACUGGAUCACCCGCGGAGAUUUUGAGAUGGCGAGAGAUAUUUUCGAGGAAGGCAUUACCACCGUGAUGACGGUGCGUGAUUUUACGAUGAUCUUUGACGCAUAUGUCGAGUUUGAAGAGUCUAUAUUAUCCACCCUUAUGGAUGCUGCUUCUGCCCGUGCAGCCAAAGGAAUCGUUGACCCUGAAAGGGAUUUUGAUCUCGACCUGAAAAUGAUGCGGUUUGAACAUCUGAUGGAUCGCAGACCAUUCUUGGUCAACGAUGUCUUAUUACGGCAGAAUCCAAACAAUGUCGUCGAGUGGGGAAAACGGGUCGCUCUGUGGAACGACAACAAGCGAGAAAUUGUUCAGACAUACACAGAUGCAAUUGCAGCAGUCGCACCGAAAAAGGCUGUCGGCAAAUUUCACGAAUUGUGGUUGAAUUACGCCAAAUUCUACGAAGAAGCUGGCGAUUUGGACACAGCACGGAUCAUUCUCGACAAGGCAGUUAAGGUGCCAUACAAAUCCGUAGCCGAACUUGCCGACACCUGGAUUGGCUGGGCUGAGAUGGAGUUGAGGAACGAAAACUUCGACGGGGCCAUGAAAGUCAUGGCUACGGCUACCAAAGCUCCCAAACGGAGCACGGUCGACUACUUCGAUGAAACCCUCUCGCCGCAACAACGCGUGCACAAAUCCUGGAAAGUCUGGUCGUUCUACGUCGAUCUCGUUGAAUCGGUCGGUUCCCUCGAUGAGACUCGGGCGGUCUAUGACCGCAUCUUCGAGCUGCGGAUCGCAACCCCACAAACAGUCGUUAACUAUGCCAACCUCCUCGAAGAGCAUGGGUAUUUCGAAGAAUCCUUCAGAGUCUACGAACGGGGUCUCGACGUGUUCACUUAUCCCGUCGCAUUCGAACUGUGGAACCUCUACCUUACAAAGGCCGUGACCCGCAAGAUUGGUAUGGAACGCCUCAGAGAUUUGUUCGAACAGGCUCUGGAACAAUGCCCUCCCCAAUUCGCCAAACCAAUCUACCUUAUGUACGGCGAUCUAGAGGAACGCGACGGGUUUGCUCGUUCAGCAAUGCGAAUCUACGAGCGCGCCACCCGUGCCGUCAGCGACGAAGACCGUCUAUCCAUGUUUGAGUUCUAUAUCACCAGAUCUGCCGCACGCUUUGACGAACCAUCUACCCGACCCAUCUACGAGCUCGCCAUCGCCACCCUUCCCGACAAAGAAGCGAAAAUAAUGUGUCUCAAAUUCGCAAAGUUGGAGAUUAAACUACAAGAAAUCGAUCGCGCGAGAGCCAUAUAUGGUCACGCAUCCCAGUUCGCAGAUCCAAGAGUAGAUAAAGAGUUUUGGAAGACGUGGGAGAAUUUCGAGUUGAACCAUGGGAACGAGGACACCUACGAAGAGAUGCUUAGGAUUAAGAGGUCGGUGGAAGCGCAAUUCAACACGGAUGUGUCAUUCAUCGCGAGUCAGGCAGUUGCGAGGGUGGCAGCAGCUAGUGAAGGGGAGGGCGCAGGAGCUGAGCAACGAGAAGGGGAGGUGCAGGAUGCGAUGGCCGCAUUGGAAAGACAGGCGAGGGCGCCCGUCGGCUUUGUCGCGGCGAGCACAGGGCCUGAAGGUGGGAAUCGGCCACCCCCGAAACAAACCGACGAGACGGAAAGCAAAUCUAAGCUGGCAGUGGCUGCGAAUCCGGACGCUAUCAAUGUUGACAUUGACGAUGACUGA